UCGAUGGAUAAAGCAACUUAUCCAAAAUUGAAAGGCUCAGCAGGUUCACAUGGGGUCGUCUAUCAAGUUAAACUACUUCAAUUUUAUCUACUUCAGAGUAAGCACAAAGAUGAGGAUUUUAAAUUGUCUACAGAAAAUACAGAUGCUGCCAAGUUUGAUGAUGUCGUUUAUGAGACUGAAAAGGCUACCAUUUUACUUCAAUCAAAACAUUUUCAGACACAAAAUCAAAUUAGUUUUGACAAUUUAUUCCCAAAAAAAUCAGAAACAGAACAAUCGAGUAAACCAAAAGGUGAUUUCCAACAAAAUUCAAACGAUUCCAAAGAUGGAGGUUCUUUUAAUUUGUUCAAAUAUUUAAAAGAAUUUCAAAAUAUUAACAAAGACAAUUUUAUUAGUGACAACAUUCAAAAUGUCAUUAUUUGUACAAAUUGUGAAUUUCUCUUACAGCGUAUAAAUCGAUCCCUAUGUAAUAAAAUGAAUAUUAAAAAUAAUGAAAAUUUUGAAUUUCUUACAGAACAAUUUUCGAUUUUUUCUAUUAGAAAUUCAAAAUGUUACUCUUUCAAUACAAAAAAUCAGCAUAUUCUUGUCGAAUACAUUUCUAAAAAUGUGCAUGAUAUUUCCGAAGUUGUAGUCAGAUUAUUUUUAGAUAAAUUACUACUAGUAUCAAUAUUUGAUAAGGAUUUAGAUUACCAAAUACAAUAUUUAAUUGAACAAAUGAAUAUAAAAGAUGAAUAUAUUUCUGUAAAAUUAAUUCAGUCUAGUAUUUUUGACAAAAUGAAAAUAUGGUUCGAAUCCCCACCAAAGGGAACUUAUCUUAGAAAAACCAACAUCAUAGAAUAUAUAUCUCAUAUCAAAUGUACAAAUUAUAUAAAUCGUAAAAUAAAAGCUUUAUCUGUAUUAUUGGACAAUACUGCAAAUAAAGAUGAUACUUAUUUUAAUUUAUUUAAAAAUAAUUUAAUUUUAAUUAAAAUUGUAAAUAAUAAAACGUAUGAUUUGCACGAGUUCAAAAUUUGUCAACUUCUAUUAGAGUAUUUUAUAUCUAAAAACAAACCGAAAGAAGCAAACAAAGCAAACAAAGCGAACAAACAUGAAUUGCUAGACAAAAUGUUAUUUGUAGAUCCACAUGCACCAUCAAACAUUGUCAAAAAUAUAAUCAAUUCGUUUGAAGUACCGGAAUAUACUUGUUUAAUUGUCCCGAUUUUUGAUAACUUCCAAAAAUUUUCAGAUAUUAAAAGUGAGUUAGGCAACGCUAUUGAAAAAAAUAAGUCAUAUAAAAAAAUUAUUAUUAUUAUCUCUGAUAUAUUAGACGAGAAAAAUAAAUUGUAUGAGUUUUUUCAAAAUUUUACACCUAUUGAAUCAAAUAUUAAAUUAAGUGAUUUUUCUGCAAAUAUUCAGAAUACAGUUCUUCAAACAGACAUUAAAUUUCAAGGAAACGAAAUACCUUUACAAAACGUGAUUGAAAUGAAAAACGAGGUAGUGAAAUGGGAUAAUAUUAUUGAUGAAAAUACUUUAUUAAAAUUGGCAAUUGGCAAAGAAAAGUUAAUAGUUAAUGACUUUAAAAAUUAUGAAGAACUUCCAUUUUAUGUUAAAAGAAACUUUUUUAAAAUUGACAAACAGAAAUUUACUGAAUAUUUUGAAUAUUCAAAUCAAUGGGUUGAUUCGAUUAGACACAAUACUGAAUCUGACGAAAAAGAUUUCUGUUCAAAAGUUAUUAGCCAAUGUAAUAAAUUUAUUGCAAUUUUUGAUUCUCCAGGAAUGGGAAAAUCAACUAUUCUAAAUAGAUUAGCUUAUUUGCUUCGUAAAACAACUCAUUGGAUUUUAAAAAUAAACUUGAAUGAAUGUACUAAUAUUUUGUACAAACUUUCCAAUGAAAAGCGUGAAUCUGUAACAUUAGAUGAAUUAUUAGACUUACUCGACUAUCCAAAGAAAACUAAAUUUGAAGAAAACCUUUUUAAUAUCCCUAAAAACGUAAUUUUAUUAGUAGACGCUCUAGAUGAAAUUUGUCCAGAAUAUUCUAACUUGAUUCUAAAUUCACUGAUCUCCACAGCCAGUAGCAAAAAUAUUAAAAAAAUAGUUCUGACUUCUAGGCCACACGUUUUAACAAAAUUAGAACAUAAAAAUAUCGAGUGUGACAUGUAUGCUCUGAAACAAUUUUCUGUCGAAGAAAGAAUUACAUUUCUUGCUAAUUUUUGGUGCAAGAAAUUAAAUAAGCAACAUGAUGAAACUAAGUUGGACAAAAUAAAAAAGUUUGCAAAUAAAUUACAUGGUACUUUAAUGAGUAAUAAAGGAUGGUACAAAGUUCAGAGUCUUAUAGGUAUACCUUUACAAAUUAAGAUGAUUGGUGAUAUUUUUACGGUUCAAUGUAAUCAUUUUUUGGAAAACUUCGAAAGCCAUAUAGAAUUACCUGAGGAAUUUAAUCUAAAUUGGUUGUAUAAAGAGUUUAUUAAUCGACAAAAACAGAUUUAUAUAGAUGAAAAAUGUAAUGCAUCUGGAAUUACAGCUACAAUUAAAGUUUUAGAUAAAUCAUUUAAUGAAGCGAUUAACGACUACAAAAGGGAAGCGAUCAAAUUAGAGUUUCUACCAAAAAUCCAUCGGUAUUUUGAGAUACUUUCGUCAUCUAAAAGUUGCGAUGAAGAUGAUUUACUAAAAAUGGGAAUUCUAAUUAAAUCCAAUAAAAUCCUUUAUUUCGCUCAUAGAACUCUGUCGGAAUAUUUUGCUACGCUGCAUAUUUGCGAACUAAUAUUGGAAAAUAAACUAUCCAAAGCAUUUCUAAGAUUUCUAAUAACUGGGAGUAAAUUUUUGAAGAAUAAUUCGUUUAUAUAUCAUAUGCUAGUAGAUCAUUCAAUACCUGAGCAAAUUUUACUAUGUAUAUUCUAUUCAACUGAUAGUUUAAAGAAUUGUGUAGGCCAGAACUUAAUUAGGCUUUUUAUUCGGAAACUCGGUUACGAAAAAUUAUUUAGGAGCUUGCCGUUAAUCGAAUUAGAAAGGGUUCAUGAAAUGCUUGAAACUAAUUUAGGCAUUGACAACUAUUUAGAGAUUCUUAAUGAUUUAGAAAACGUUAAUCUUAGAACAAUAAAUAACAUAACACCACUGCACUUAGCAUGCAAAUAUAAUUCUAUAGAAAUUAUGGACCUACUAAUAACUAAAGGACUUUCCGUUAAGGUUCUUGACGGAUAUGGGAGGUCGCCUUUAUAUUACGCCGUCAAAAGAAACAAAGAUAUUUUAGAGUUCUUAUUUAAAAAAGGGCAUCCCGUUGACAUUAUGGAUAAUUUUGGAGCAACGCCCUUACACUAUGCAGUUCAAUCGAGUAGUAACACAAUUAUUGAUUUUUUGUUGAAUAAUAGAGAUCCCACUGAAGUUAGGGAUAAUGUUGGACGAACGCCAUUACACUAUGCAGUUCAAUCGGGUAAUAAAAAAGCUAUCGACUUCUUGUUGAGUAAAGGACUUUCCGUUGAAAUUAAGGAUAAUAUUGGAAGAACGCCGUUACACUACGCAGUUCGAAUUGAUAAUUACAGAAUUAUUAAAGUGUUGUUGAAUGAAGGCCAUUCCCUUGAAAUUAGAGAUAAUUUUGGAAGAACACCAUUACAUUAUGCAGUUCUAUCAAACAAUAAAAAAACUAAUGACUUCUUGAAUAUAAAUUUCCUCAUUGAGGUCUUAUUGGAAAACGGGCAUCCACUACAUAUAACUGAUUAUGCGGGAAGAACGCCAUUACACUAUGCAGCUAUAUUGAAUUAUAAUGAAAUUGUAAAGUUCUUGUUAAAUAAAGAGCAUUCUAUAGAUAUAAUCGAUAUUUUUGGAAAGACGCCAUUACAUUAUCAAAAUGAAUCAUGUUUCAAUGACACUGAAGAUUUCUUGUUGGAAAAAAUAUAUUACGUUGAUAUCCCUGAUGAGAAUGGAAAAACACCAUUACACUAUAAAAUCGAAUUGAAUCAGAACGAUACCGUAAAUUUAUCGAUAAAUGAAGGACUUCCCUCUUAUAUUGGUGACGUGUAUGGAAGAACGCAAUUACACUUUGCAGCUAAAUUUGGUAGAACUGAUUUUAUACAGUCACUGUUGAAUAAGGGUUAUCCGGUUGGUAUUCGUGAUGAGGCUGGAAAAACUCCUUUACACUAUGCACUUGAAUCGAAACAAGACUACUAUACUAUAGAGUUUUUGUUAAAAAAAAAACAUCCCGUUGAAAUUAAUGAUGAAGAUGGAGUAACUCCAUUACACAUUGCAGCAAAAUUUUGUAAAACUGAAAUUUUAGAUUUAUUGAUAAAUAAAGGACAUUCCAUAGAUUCGCGUGAUAUGAUUGAAAAAACUCCUUUACAUUAUGCACUUGAAUCGGAACAGGACGAUACUGUAGAUUUUUUGUUAAAUACAGGACAUCCCGUUGAUAUUUGUGAUAGAAAUGGAGUAACCCCGUUACAUAUGGCAGUGAAGUAUGGUAAAACUAAAAUUGUAGAUGUCUUGUUAAAUAAAGUCCAUAAUAUCGAUAUUAAUAAUAAAGAUGGAGCAACUCUAUUACACGUUGCGGCUAAAUUUGGUAAAACUGAUAUUAUAGAUUUAUUUUUAGAAAAAGGAUUAUCCAUUGACAUUCGUGAUUGGAUGAAAAAAACUCCUUUACACUAUGCACUUGAAUCAGAGCAGGACGGUACUGUAGAUUUCUUAUUAAAUAAAGGACACCCUUUUGAUAUUAGUGAUGAAAAUGGAGUAACUCCAUUGCACAUUGCAGCUAGAUUUGGUAAGACUAAAAUUGUAGAUUUAUUGUUAAAUAAAGGCCAUUCUGUUGAGAUUGGUGAUAAAAAUGGAAUCACUCCAUUGCACAUUGCAACUAGAUUUGGUUAUGUUGAAAUUAUAGAUUUAUUGCUAAAUAAAGGACACACUGUCGAUAUUGCUGAUAAUAAUGGACUAACUCCCUUGCACAUUGCAACCAGAUUUAAUAAAACUGAAGUUAUAACAUUAUUAUUAAAAAAAGGACAUUCCACUGAUUCUCUUGAUAUAUAUGCAAACACUCCUUUCGACUAUGCACGUGAAUCGAAUCAAAAUAAUAAUGUUUUAGAUUUCUUGUUAAAUGAAGGAGAUACCUUCGUUGGUAGUCUUGAUUUAGAUAGAAAUAUACCAUUUAACUAUGGUUAUACAGUGUUUCUUUCCUGAUGGAAACAAAAAGGAGUGGACUGUAUUUUAUGGUAAUCGAUUCGUUGCUGCGCUUAAUUAAGUAGUUUUUCCUGAUUAGAAAAUCUGUGAGAUAAUAAAUUUAACUUACUAACAUAGAUGGGAUCAUAACAUACCGUAAGAAAACACUAUGACACUGCUAAUUCUAGUAUUUCGUUUACUUACUUCCCAGAUAACAAUUAUACAUUCUUAGUAUAUACUUUUUAAGAAUAUGCAUAUGCUGAGAAUAUACUAUAUUUGCAUUGAGAAUAUUCUCAGAACAUACUAAGUAUAUUACAGGACUUUGUUUGUACGUGCUAUGCAAAUACUGAGAAUGUACUAAAGUAUGUGUAUAGUACUACUAAAAAACCGGUACAGGUACAAGAUAUUUAGACUUUGUUGCACUAUGCUUGUUUGACUUCCUACUUAAUUCAAUCUCCUAAAUUCGAUUUUUAAAACUUAUAUUAAAACAUUGGGAUCUAAGGAAAUAGAUAAAAUUAUUUAAAAUGAAUAAGAAAAAAAAAUGUUAAUAAUCAAAAUAAAAUAAACGCAAUAAACCAAAGUAGGGCAGAGAACAUUAUCUACAUUUAUAGGUCUAGUGUAGAGAACAUUAUGUAAAAUAUUUUUAAAUCAUCGAUGUACCCCAUGCUCAACCUUUAUGGUCUUAAUGGGUUACACAGAUGAAACAUUUUAAAUUAGUGUCAUGUAUUUGAACAACAUAUUCUGUUUAUUUAGUCGUAUUACUGUUUGAUUUAUGUAUGAUAAAAAAAUG